CUUGAAAAUGAUUUGUUUAGACAUGGCCGCGAUAGUUUCGAGUCUGUGGUGAAACAUUUAUGAGCUAGUGAGCAUAUUAUAUUCGACGAUAUCCGCUGAUUUGCAAAUAUGAUACUAUCCAGAGCUAAACCUGUCGUAACAGAUGGCACCAAGAAAAGCGCCUCGAGAAAGGAGAUCCCUAAGUUGGAGGAAUUCCUUGAAAAGCGAGACUAUACAGGAGCGUUGACGUUGUUGGAGUACAAUGGAAAUGAAAAAAAUUCGAUAAAUACAGAUUUAUGGAUUGGUUACUGCGCCUUUCACCUCGGCGAUUAUAAAAGAGCUGCCAAAGUAUAUGAGAAUAUGAGAAAGAAAGGAAAUACUUCUGUAGAUCUCGCUACAAAUUUGGCAUGUUGUUAUUUUUACCUUGGUAUGUACCCAGAAGCGUUGAACGUUGUAGAAGAAUCCCCUGACAGCCGUUUGAAAAUCAGGAUUCUCUUUCACCUGUCUCACAAAAUGGGUGAUGAGAAAAAACUCAUGGAAUACCACCAAAUGCUAGAGGAUGUUAUUGAGGAUCAACUGUGUCUCGCUUCUAUCCAUUAUCUCAGGGCUCACUAUCAGGAGGCCAUCGAUAUAUACAAGAGAAUAUUACUGGAAAACAGGGACUACUUAGCCUUAAACGUGUAUGUAGCUCUAUGCUACUACAAACUGGAUUAUUACGACGUCGCUCAAGAAGUUCUUCAAGUUUAUUUGCAAAAGCAUCCAGACAGCGCAAUCGCGAUCAACCUGAAAGCUUGCAAUCACUUCAGAUUGUACAAUGGCAGUGCUGCGCAGGCAGAGAUGAAACAACUUAUGGAACAAACAUCAAGCUCUUUCAGCUUUGGGCAUGAUCUAAUACGACAUAAUAUAGUAGUAUUCAGAGGUGGCGAAGGUGCUCUUCAAGUAUUGCCUAGCUUGGUAGAUGUAAUACCAGAAGCUAGAUUAAAUCUCGUUAUAUAUUACUUGAAACAAAACGAAGUAAGAGAAGCUUUUGAACUCAUUAAAGACCUUGAGCCAGCCGUACCCCAGGAAUAUAUACUGAAGGGAGUAGUUAAUGCCGCCAUUGGUCAAGAAACAGGCUCUAGGGAGAACAUAAAGACAGCCCAGCAGUAUUUUCAACUAGUCGGAUCAUCAGUGUCAGAAUGUGACACAAUUCCAGGUCGUCAGUGCAUGGCUUCGUGUUUCUUUCUGUUCAGGCAAUUCGAAGAAGUCUUAGUCUAUCUACACUCGAUAAAGAGCUACUAUUUCAAUGAAGAUGUAUUCAAUUUCAAUUAUGGCCAAGCUAAAACAGCUGCUGGGUAUUUCAAGGAAGCUGAAGAUGCCUUUCUCAUGAUUCGGAAUGAGAGAUACAAGAAUGACUAUGUCUACAUCAGCUUACUUUCUUACUGUUAUAUAAUGAACAAGAAAGCUCAGUUAGCCUGGGAGCUUUACCUAAAAAUGGAAACAUCCAAUGAAUCUUUCAACCUUUUGCAAUUAAUUGCAAAUACCUGCUACAAAGUUGGGGAGUUUUGGCAUGCGGCUAAAGCAUUUGAUAUGCUGGAGAGAAUGGACCCAAGUCCUGAGCACUGGGAGGGCAAGAGAGGAGCAUGCUGCGGGACCUUUCAGUACAUUGUAGCAGGAAAACAGCCAAAAGAACUGUUGCCGGACGUAAUUCAACUGCUAAGAAAUACGAAUAACUCACAGGUAGAACAGAUAUCGCGAGUUAUGCGAAAGUGGGGUAAAGACAACAGGAUAAACUUCUAAGGAAUUGAACAUUCAACUCCAAUUAAACUGACGCACGUCAGUUACCUGCAUAAUUAUCUGCAAAAUGCUGCCGCGGCUGUUUCUCUCUAAAGUCAAUCAGCCAUUCGUUAAAUUUCUUACACUUGAUAUCUUAUCGCAUCACGCGCUUAUCGUUGGAU